CCUGAUGAGGGGCUGCGUCUCGCGGCUGCGUGACGCUGCAGGGAAUUCCCUCUGUCCGUGGGGACACCCGUUUGCGUCUAUAGAGGGCAUGAGGGGAGAUGUGUGGUGGGAAAGUCGUGGGGAGGCUGAGUCAUGCACGGCGGGGAACAGUCGCUGCAGGGGCGGCCGUCCCCACUCUCUUCUACCGACAGGGGCUCUGUGGGGUUCCUGCGGGAUAAGAGAGGGGCACCUGAGUAAGGGCAAAGCUAGGCAAGGGAGUUAAGAUAUUACGGAAUGAGCGUCUGGGACUGCAGAACUCGCUUUCGCUCAGAAAGUUUUGCUCUUGUGGAGGGAAUGUAAGAGAGGUUUUGGGGGGAGGGUGCAACGAGCAGGAAUGGUUGUGGCAGGGCUGAAGUCUACAGGAAGAAAAGACCCUGAUACUCAUUUAGUAAGGAAAGGAGGUUUACAAUGGUUGAUACAGAAAUGCCAUUUUGGCCCAUGAACUUUGGAAUUAGCCCAGUAGACCUCUCUGCAAUGGAUGAGCACUCACAUUCCUUCGACAUAAAGCCCUUUACCACAGUUGAUUUUUCCAGCCUUUCUUCACCACGUUAUGAGGACCUUCCUCUCAUAAGAACUGACCAGACAGCAGUUGACUAUAAAUAUGAUGUGAAAUUUCAAGAAUGCCAAAAUGUAAUCAAGCUGGAGCCUCCAUCGCCACCAUAUUUCUCAGAAAAAGUUCAGAUGUACAAUAAACCUCAUGAAGAAUCCUCCAGUUCUCUAAUGGCUAUUGAGUGCCGGGUGUGUGGGGACAAAGCAUCGGGAUUCCAUUAUGGAGUGCAUGCAUGUGAGGGCUGCAAGGGUUUCUUUCGCAGAACAAUCCGGCUAAAGUUGAUCUAUGAUCGGUGUGAUCUCAACUGUCGCAUUCAUAAGAAAAGCAGAAAUAAAUGUCAAUAUUGCAGAUUCCAGAAAUGCCUUGCAGUUGGAAUGUCACAUAAUGCUAUCAGGUUUGGGCGAAUGCCACAAGCUGAGAAGGAGAAGUUGUUGGCGGAGAUUUCAAGUGAUAUCGACCAGCUCAACCCUGAGUCUGCUGAUCUGCGAGCCCUUGCCAAGCUCUUGUAUGAUUCAUACAUAAAGUCCUUCCCACUGACCAAAGCCAAGGCGAGGGCAAUCUUGACAGGAAAGACAACAGACAAAUCACCUUUUGUCAUUUAUGACAUGAAUUCCUUAACGAUGGGAGAGGACCAGAUCAAGUGCAAACAUCUGGCGUCCAUGCAAGAGCAAAAUAAAGAGGUUGCCAUCCGUAUUUUCCAGCGCUGCCAAUUUCGUUCAGUGGAAGCAGUUCAGGAGAUCACGGAAUUUGCCAAAAGCAUUCCAGGUUUUGUGAGUCUAGACCUGAAUGACCAAGUAACUCUCCUGAAAUAUGGUGUCCACGAGAUCAUCUAUACACUCCUUGCCUCCAUGAUGAAUAAAGACGGUGUUCUCAUUUCCAACGGACAAGGAUUCAUGACUCGGGAAUUCCUGAAAAGUCUCCGGAAACCUUUUAGUGACUUUAUGGAGCCCAAGUUUGAGUUUGCUGUCAAAUUCAAUGCACUGGAAUUAGAUGACAGUGACUUGGCAAUAUUUAUAGCUGUCAUUAUUCUUAGUGGAGAUCGCCCUGGAUUACUGAAUGUAAAGCCCAUUGAAGAAAUUCAAGACAAUUUGCUGCAAUCUUUAGAACUCCAGCUAAAGCUAAAUCAUCCAGAGUCAUCGCAGCUGUUUGCAAAAUUGUUGCAGAAAAUGACAGACCUCAGACAGAUUGUAACAGAACAUGUGCAGCUGUUGCAAAUUAUAAAGAAAACGGAGACAGAUAUGAGCCUUCAUCCACUCCUACAAGAAAUUUAUAAGGACUUAUAUUAAGGGGCAUAGAAUUUCUAAACCAUUGACAUGAUGUACGUUGUUCAAAUUGCACUAUUUCAGAGGGAAAAUAUUACAUACCUAAGAAAUUACUGUGAAGAAAAAGCAUUUAAAGAGAGAGGGGCAGAGCUUUACUAUUAUAGAUCUAUUUUAUGCAUAUUGUUUAUAAAGACACAUUUACAAUUUACUUUUAAUAUUAAAAUGUCUAUAUAUAUAUAUAUAUAUAUCAUUAAAUUGUUGGCAGUAUUUUCCAGUUUAAUUUUUUUAUGUCUUAUUUUAUAAACCAGAAUGGAUUUUUCAGUCUGAUUAAAAAAUAUCAUUGAA